UCUUAACUUGAUUCGUUCUUGUGAAUUUGAUAAUAUUCGACGGUUCAUUCGAGUUUUAUUAGCAGUUUUCGAAAUUUCAACCAACAUUGUGGCAUCCAAAAUUCGUUUUCUGAUAAGAAAUCAAUAAAAUUAUCAUUAUGGUAGACCCAGCGAAUAUUGACGAUGUUGGUGGAGGCGGUGGUAUAGAUAUAACACAAAGUGUGGCACAAGAUUGUAAGGUGGUCGUAUGUGGUGAUGCAAGAUGUGGCAAGACAUCUUUAAUCCAACGUUUUAUUACCGAUGAAUUUAAUGAAGUUUACACGCCAACUAGUUUUGAUAAAUAUGCAACAACAUAUAAUGUUGGUGAUCAUAGAAUACGUUAUUCAAUAUGGGAUACAUCCGGUGCACAAGCCUAUGAUACCGUUAGGCCAUUAGCAUAUCAAGAUACAAGUGUUUUCUUAUUAUGUUUUCAUGUUGGUGAACCACAAACUUUGGAUAAUGUUGUACAAAAGUGGUAUCCAGAAAUUCGUGCUCAUAGUGAUACAGCUCCAAUAAUACUAUGCGGAUGUCAGGUUGAUUUACGACACGAUAUCGAAACAAUAUCAUCGUUGGCAUGUAAUCGUUUAAUACCUGUAACAUCUGAACAAGCUAUAGCGGUAUCAAGACAAAUUGGUGCCGCCACCUAUGUAGAAACAUCAGCGAAAACAUCGAAUCGUGGUGUACGCGAUGGCUUAGAGGUAGCAGCACUUGCUGCACUUGGUAAAUUAAAUAAGCAUGCAUUACGGCAUCGUGCUUUAACAACGAAAGCAAAUAAAACAAAUAAUAAACAUGAUUUUAAAGCUGAGCUUAAAGGGCGCGCAAAAAGUUGUUGCAUUAUGUGACGAUUACGACAUUAAAUUAUUAUUUUUUGUACUUUUUAAGAGAUGAAAAAAAAAUAUGGAAAAUUUUUUUGUAUAAAAUUGACCACCCCAAAAAACUCUUGUGCAGGUCAUUUUAGAAAAUGUGGAAAAAUAAAAAAUUGGGUGGAAGAAGCUAUUGUAAAUGUUGAGAAAACAGUCACAUUUAUUGUCACAAUUUUGUGCCCCUUGUGUCAAAUUUGUAAUUUGUACCAAUAAUUUUAGAAAACUAAAAUAGAGAUAUUUAAAAGCUAACUAGAUUUUUAAUAAUAAAAUUUAUA